CACCCCUAUAUCGCAUUUUCAUCCCAGUGUGAAAUGUCACUAUUUUUGCUUUUGUUUUGUUUAGUGCUAAGAAUUUAGCCCAGAAUCAGAAAAAAAGAAAAAAGACACUUCUCACAAUGAACAAUGGGCCAUUGAUAACCUUGCAGCUUAGUUACUGAUCCUAUCUCAGUACUUCCAUCUCUCUCCUUCCUCCCACCCCUCUCUUCAAACAGACAAGGUUUUCUUUCAACAAGUUGAUGACAGAAUAAUUUCUCUAGGUUGAUUGUUUGCCCCACAUGGCCCUCUGAAGAUCAUCAUACAAGUAGAGGGAAGCAGAUCAAAAGGCUGCAAGAAAAAGAGGCAGAGGAUUGAAAAAAUCCAUCAUAAAGACUGCUCAGGUUUCAGUCUAAUGAUGAACAGGCUUGUAAAGUAUUCUGAGACCUGUCAAAUUUUCCCAUCUAAAAUCCAGACCUAUUUUAAAAAGAAUUUUCAUAAUGAAUGUGCCUUUUCCCCCCAUCCACAGGCUCAGAGUAUUUUCUGAAAAAGUUCUGCAAUGCAGAGGAUUCAAACAUUUGAUCACAUGCAGCAGCACAAGAUAGAUGGAGUACAGCUGACUCAACAGCUACAGGGGAUUUGGGUUUUGCAAUGGAACAGAUAUGGUUAGUGCUCCUGCUGACGAUUAAAGUGCUUUCAGUGACUGCUCAAUUCAAUGGAUACAACUGUGAUGCUAACCUCCAUAGCAGGUUUCCCGCUGAACGAGAUAUCAAUGUUUUCUGUGGAGUACAGACAAUUACUAUGAAGAUAAAUUUUUGCACAGUUCUUUUCUCUGGCUAUUCUGAGACAGAUCUGGCGCUGAAUGGGAAACAUGGUGAUGCCCACUGCAGGGGUUUCAUCAAUAACAACACCUUUCCGGCAAUGGUCAUUUUCAUCAUCAAUCUGAGUACUUUAGAAUCCUGUGGAAACGCUCUAGUGGUAUCCUCAGUUCGAGGUAUCAAUGCUUAUGGAAAUACCUCAGUGGUACAGAUAGGUAAUGUUUCAGGCUAUAUUGAUACACCAGACCCACCAACGAUUAUCAGCUAUUUGCCUGGGUUGCUGUACAAAUUUAGCUGUAGCUAUCCACUGGAGUACUUGGUUAACAAUACCCAGCUUGCUUCGUCAUCAGCUGCUAUUUCUGUAAGAGAGAACAAUGGUACAUUUAUCAGCACUUUGAAUUUGUUGCUUUACAAUGAUUCAACCUACAGCCAUCAGCUCCUUAUUCCAAGUACAGGUUUACCUUUGAAAACCAAAAUAUAUGCAGCUGUAAGAGCAACCAACCUUGAUGGCAGGUGGAAUGUUUUGAUGGACUACUGUUACACCACACCAUCUGGUAAUCCUAGCGAUGAUCUCCGAUAUGAUCUUUUUUUCAGCUGUGACAAGGACCCACAGACAACUAUAAUUGAAAAUGGCAAGAGCCAAAUGGGCCGGUUUUCCUUUGAGGUGUUUCGCUUUGUGAAGCACAAGAACCAGAAGAUGUCUACGGUCUUCCUUCACUGCGUGACAAAGCUGUGCAGAGCAGAUGACUGUCCCUUUCUUGUGCCAAUUUGCAGUAACAGAGAAAGAAGAGACACUGGUGGGAGGACAACUUGGAGCCCUCAGAGCACCUCUGGCAAUGCUGUAAUCUCUGCUGGCCCCAUCAUUACAAGGAGUGAUGAGACAACAACCAACAAUUCACAGCUUGCUCAUCCAGAUGGACUUCCUUUCCAGCUGAACUCAAUCACCACUGCACUGAUUUCAGGCAUUGUCAUCCUAGGAAUCACAAGCAUUUUCUUUUUUGUAUGCUCCGUAACCCUUCUGCACAGAAAGUGGCCCAACCUUUCAGUCUUGACUGGCAUCCAAAACCCAGUUUUCAACUGAAACUGAUGAUUUACUUGCACUUUUUCUUUAGGGCUGCCUUUCUUGUCCAUGAAAUAUGAUUCCAUUAAAAAAUAAUAUUAAGGCAAUACUCCAGCUGUAUCCAGCUUCUAUUCCAGCUAUUCUGUAUUUUUGUUUUGCUAGAUGAUGUUGUGUAGGUAAGCAGCAGUAACAUUGGUAACAAUCCUAGAAAAUUAUGAGAAUCUCAACUGUGUUUGUGAUCAGACUGUAUAACAUCAUGCCCAGGGGUGUGCUGACAAUAAAGCUUGUGUCUCCAGCUUCCCAGUGAGGUCUCAAAGCUGAAAAUACUCAAGGUGAGAAUCUUUACGAGCAUGCCAUGCUUGCAAUAAAGCUGACACAUUCAGAAACUUUCUUAAGUCCAUACACACCUACUAAAAGGAUAACUUUUAUUUUGUCAUGGUAUUUUUCACAGAUCUGAAGGCACUUAUGUCUCAAGAGGACUUUGUUUUAGUUUAUCUUGGCUAAAAGUAUCUCGAGAGAGAGUUAGAACCAAGUGAUUUUUGCUUAUUGUUCAUUUAGAAAUGUUUUCUUAGAUGUAUCUUCCACUGAAUUGUGAUGAUAUCAUAUGAAGGGCAUAAUUUGGUUGAGUAUCUUUAAGUCACAUAGUUUGAGACAAACUGCAGUUGGUCCCAGGGAACAACGCUGCAGUUCUUGAGGUGGAAAAAUCUUUUCCCAGCAAAAUCAUUGAGUGAGACUCAGUGAGGACUUUAAAUCUAAAUGAUGUUUAGCAGCAAGUUACUUCUGCAAAGAACUGCCACAUCUACAGCCUUCAGUCAAAUUCUAACCUCAGGAACUGCUUCAAGGGGAAAAGUAUUCCUUCCCCUACCCAACUCCUUGAGCAGGCAAGCUAAUACAAGCAAGUAAUGCCUGUACUUUCCUCAUACACAACUAUUUUUGGAGCAAAACUUGGCAGUUGAGAAAAAGUCUCAAUAU